GUUGACAGCGCCUCUAGACCAAGCGGUGCAGCUUUGGAUAAAGCGCUUGAUGAUGCGCGGAUGCUGUUUGAAAACACCGCUAGACCCGACGCCAAAAAGGUUUUGGUCGUCAUUAUGGAUCAGAAGCAGUCUGGCGAUCGGGCCGACUCGAAGGUUAAGGCAAAAGAACUGAAAGAAUCCAGUGUGAAAGUUGUACCUGUGGCGAUCGGAAAAGACGCAAGCGCUAAGGAACUGACCGAAAUCACGUCUGACAAAGAUUAUCUGGUGGAAAUGGGAGAAGAUGAGAACCCAGAGAAAGCUGCUGAGAAGAUCAUGAUUAAAGUACUUGAAGGUAACCACUAG